AUGGCGAGCGGCAGCCCCGCGCCCGGGGGCUCGGGCUCGGGCUCGGGCACGGUGCUGCCCACCCGCUUCCAGGAGACGGAGAAACUGCUGGCGGCUACAGAGGGCCGGGAGGAAAAGGGCCUCCGCGGCUCCAAAUCCUUCACGGCCGCGUUGCCCGGCGAGACGGAGCGCAACGGGCACGGGCUCGCCUACAAGUCGGUGUCGGUCGGGCAUCUGGAGGCGCCCCCGCUCUCGCCGUCCCGGCUCAGCCUGGGCAGAGCCUCCUCCACGGCCACCAGCACAGCGGCACCGGAGCAGGGCCGCCCGCGGGACUACCUGGUGCUCGCCAUCUUCUCCUGCUUCUGCCCCGUCUGGCCCAUCAACGUGGUGGCCCUCGUCUUCUCCAUCAUGUCAAGGAACAGCGGGCAGCAAGGGGACGUGGACGGAGCCCGGCGCCUCGGCCGCAUGGCCAGGCUGCUCAGCAUCGUCUCCAUUAUCCUGGGGACCAUCAUCAUCGUGCUCUACAUUUCACUCAGCGUCAGAGUUUCCUAG